AUUGUUAAUAGGGUCUCUUAUAUUGAGUGCACAAAGGAACGAAAAAUCCGAAAGGCACAAACAUAUAACGAAGCAAUAAUAAACAAACAAAAUAUAGAGUAAAGCAAUGCUAAUACAAAACGCAAAUUAGACUGAGAGAGAAAAAGAGAAAGAGAGGUUUAUGAAAACAAAUAAUCAACGCCCUCUGGAGUGUCCUCGGUGAGAUGCGUAGAUUUAAUUGAUUGUUUUACUUCUCAGCUGGUAUAGAAACUAUCUUAGUUUAAUGAAUGAACGCUUAUUGAAAUAGCAUGGCGCUUCGGCCUAAUUAGUUGCAAGAAGGGGUUCAGGAAAAGGGUAGAUUUGCAAUGGUAGCAAAAAAAAAAAAAAAACAGAUCUAAAGUCACUGCAUUAUGCAGUGUUAACGAUUAAAUGCAUGCAGAUUAUCUGCGCGAAGCCUGAACAUCGCUAUGCACAUUAUUCAGAAUGCAACUUGGAACGCAAGUACCAAGUACUUUACAGCAUGCUUAGCGCGCCGCAAGGCAAACCUCUCCCUUUUCCAAUAAAGAGCCUGUCUAUCAGUCCACGCGUAAGUAUCAGAGGAGCGCUUUGCUAUUGCGAACCCAAUGCGGGUUUGUCACGUAUCGAUAUCAACAGCGCAUGCUACAAUAGAAAGACCAGACAAUGAAGGGUAUGCAUAGCGGGACUCGAAUAAGAUAACCUGAAGGCUAAAGAGACUAUCUGCUUCGUGCAUACCUUCUGUUAGCCUCUUUACGCCGAUGCAUACGGUCUGCCAAAUCACUUUGUGCAAGAAGACCUACUGCGCCUCACUCGCACGAGUGGCUCGCACAGCCCAUCCUCGUCGCUAUGCUGGUGACUGCCGUGCUACUUGCACUCACGUUAGGUCUUGUCACUGCGCUGUUCAUAUGGCGGCGAAAUCACUUCAACUACUUCAAGAAGUUGGGCAUACCGGGUCCGGAACCAAGCCUGAUAUGGGGAAACCUUGUAGAGUACCACUCCAUGGAAAGCUACAAGGUUCUUGGUAAAUGGAUUGAAAAAUAUGGCAAUACGUUCGGGUUCUUCAAUGGUGAUGCUCCUUUCAUCGUUACAAACGACCUGGAUUUUAUAGAAUACGUGUUCGUACGUAACUUCCAAAACUUCGUGGACCGUGGUUUUACAAUGAUGACAGACCAGAUGCAUCCCGUGCUAGGAAAGUCCGUCAUGCAUGUCGGUGGCCUCGAGUGGAAGAACAUCCGAAGCACAGUCUCCUGCAGCAUGAGCGCUGCCAAACUGAAGCUGAUGAUGCCACACCUCGAAGAAAACGCAGACAUUUUCAUAAAGUCUUUGGAAGAGUACGCCGACACGGGCAGGGAGGUUCACAUGAUGCCAAAAUUCGAGCAGCUCUCCAUGGACUACACGGCCCGAGGGGCGUUCGGCAUAGAGGAGCACUUCCAGGGGCAACCCGACCAUCCGCUUAUAAAGCUCGGCAAGAGUGUCUUUAGGGGCAUCAUGAAGGGACCACUGCACAUGAUCGCACAGAGCACAACAAAGUUAAGAAGAUGGAUGAAACCAUUUUACUGGUUUACUGUGCUAAUAGGAGAUUUCACGUUUGAGAAACUCGGCAAGGAGACGACGAAAAUAAUAGCAAUGAGGAAGGAAGACCCCACGCUUAGAAAGCCCGAUAUACUUCAGAAUCUGAUUGACGCGGAGUACGCAAAUAACACUGCGGAAAGAAGCAGUGCACGGAACUCGAACGGAUUUUCCCCAGCGAAGAAGGCGUCGGCGCAUGCAAUAGCCACUAGCGCGAGCGUAGUGUUCAUCGGCGGGUUCGAGACGACUUCUACGGCACUGUGCUACAUCGCUUUUACCCUCGCGAAGUAUCCGGAUAUUCAAGAAAAGCUUCGCGGAGAAGUCUUGGAAGCCUUGUCUACAUCGGGCACGCUUGAUUACGAGACCGUCAUGCGGAAAAUGAAAUACCUCGGUCAUGUUUUGGACGAAACGCUGCGGUUGUAUUCGCCGGGACUGCUAUUUGUGACGAGGCAAGCCAAAGAAGACUUCGAAUACAACGGCAUCCCGUUCAAGGCCGGAACUGCAUUUAUGGUGUCGCAGUACCACUUGCAAAGGGAUCCUCAGUAUUGGCCUAACGCGGAAGAGUUCGACCCGGAAAGGUUUGCCCCGGAAAAUGAAGCCUUGUUGCGGAAGACCGCGCAUGUGCCGUUCGGAAUUGGACCUCGAAACUGCGUCGGAAGGAGGCUAGCAUUGCUGAACCUUAAGUACACUGCCGCCAGAAUGGUGCAGAAGUAUCGCCUGGAACUGGGAAAGUCUCAGAUGGGUUCCAUGGAAAUCGGCGCUUACGGUAUGGUCUCGACUCCUGCUAGGGGACCGUGGAUUAAAUUUUAUCGAGUGUGAAGGAGACAGAUCGUCGUCAUGCGUGGAAUCCGCAUGUUACAACAGCGGCACAACUUUACGCUGAGCUAGGCGUUCCCGGUGACAAUGUGUCCAGCUUCUUCGUGUGCUCAAUACUUGCAACUGUACUCUAUACAGUGCGUAGGAUCUGCAAUGUUUAAAAAUAAAUAUUCAUUACCUCGUCCAA